AUGGCCCCUUUCCAAGGGUCGGGGGCCGCGCCACGCCUAGGAUCCGGAAAAGGGACAUGCCACUGCUUCCGGGAGCCACUUGAGCUUUGGAACAAUUAUUUCCACCUGGCAGUUGCCUUCCUCACCCAGGAUUCCCUGCAGCUGGAGAACUUCUCCCAGGCGAAGCGCACCACCAUCCUUGCCAAGUACGGAGACAUGAGAGCCACCAUUGGAGCCGCCAUCCGGGACAUGUGGUACAACCUAGGCCAUCACAAGAUUCGGUUUAUCCCUGGCAUGGUGGGCCCCAUCCUGGAGAUGACGCUGGUGCCCGAGCUGGAGCUGCGCAAAUCCACCAUCCCCAUCUUCUUCGACAUGAUGCUGUGCGAGUACCAGCUGACCAAGGCCUUCAGCAUGUUCGAGGACGAGAUCCUGCGCAAGCUGGACAGCGAAGUGGAGGGAGGCCGUGGGGACGAGCAGUACAAGCAGCUCUUCCAGAGCAUCCUCCUCAGCUGCUGCCAGAAUCACCCCGAGCUGGCCAAGCCCAGUGAGAAGUUCGUGGCCCUGGUCACGGGCCUCCUGGAGCGGUUGCUGGACUAUCGCGCUGUCAUGAACGACGAGAACAAGACCUACAGCAUGAGCUGCACCGUCAACCUGCUGAACUUCUACAAGGAAAUCGACCGCCGGGCCAUGUACAUCAG